GCGUUAUCUAGAAGUGUCCAUGUCCAGAUAAGACUUCAUUGUUUUGUAUCAGACACGGAACGCUCAGCUGCCUCAUCAUGAUCGCCAACCCUGUAGUGCUGACGACUUCCUCCACAAUUUCAAUCGAAGGCGACCUCUCGGAAGACGGACAGUCUGAUGACCUUUCUGAUAGCGAUGAACCAGUAGUGAUACCGCCAACUUGGACUUCACUUCGAUUUACACAUCUAGUCAUUCUCAUUCCACUCUCCUUGCUUAUCGUUCCAGUUCUCGCGUUACUACCGAUUUCUUCGUGGUAUUCAAAUGGACUCGAUUCAUAUUAUUCAUUCUUCAAAACUUUCUUUACACCUUUCUGGAUGGGAUGUUUGGGGUUUCUAGCUUGUUUUGGAUUGAAGAAAUCGAUCGUCGAGAGUUUGAUUCAAUUCCUCUCUCGAAGACAACAUCGUUCACAUUCUUCGAGGAACGCUUUAUAUUUAGCACUCUGUCUGAUUUUCCAAGUUACUUUAACCGAGUUACUCAGAUUAGCUAUUUUGAUCAAUCAAAAGGAUCGAAACCUUGAGUCUCGACCUUCUUUGAGCAAUGUAAAUUUUCAGCAUGAUUUAAGGAGCUUUCCUGCAAGACAAAAUUCUACAUUUGAUUGCAACAUCUAUUUCUUCAUCGCCUUUUGGGUAGGAUUAGGAUGGAGUCUCUUAGAGCUCCUUGUACUGGGUUGUUCUGACUGGAUACAUCAGGUUUUGCUAUACAAGCAUGUACUUUUGGAAAAUGGAGAGGAAGAAGAGGAAUCUGGGAUCCCGGGGAAAGGAAAGUGUUCACGAGUUGUGGAAUCGACAAGUCAACUUAUCUCUGCGGCCGAAGCUGAUCAUCUCGGUAUUGAAGAGCCACUGCUGUUUUUGAACGGUCAAUCUCCAAACCUCUCAAAAACUACUUCGACUGCUCAUGAUCACCUUAUGUCAAAAGGGCCUCCGGCUUCAAAUAAAAGAGUCUUCCAAUCUUCAUCGGAUGUCAGUCGAACACCAGACACUGCUACUUUUUCAAUGAGUACAGAAGGUACUCCCGUCAAGUUGACAUCCGCUAUCAAGUCCAAUGUUCAGAUUGGAGAAGGAACUUAUCAUGUGAUAGAAGCCGAUGCAGCCAACCUCACUGGACGCGAAUCUUCACAAGAUGAAGACGUCGGUGAAAUCGAACAGCUGCGGGCUGGGAUGGAAUCCCUCGAGAGGCAGUCUGUCGAGCAAGCCAUUGGGCUUGCCCUUUGGCAAAUCCCUUGGUUUAUUGUUUGGAUAUGGCGAUUAAAUUCAGCCUUGUUGACUGUCACUUUAUCCUUGAUCUUAGCUAAAGGAGUAUUUCCAACUCAAAGCAACCCAACUGCAACAAACUCUAUUAGUUAUAUGAUUCUGGUCAUCAUCUUCAAAUCAGUAAUCGUAAUUCUUUGGUCGUUUCAAGCAAAAUCUAUUGGGGUUGUAAAAUUGACCUACAUAACCCUUAUUAUUUGUUUGAUUGGCUUUGUGGGAUGUCUUGGUCUUUGGGGUUUUUUGACAUGAGAAAUGGUAGAUAAUCUCAGGAAUGUAUCAUAGGUAGACUUUCUCAAUGUUUUCAAUGUUUGAAAAAUAGAGAGGCUAUUUUUUUGGAUGAAGACAAUAUAAGCAUUGCAUGUUGUUCAUAGUAGAUUUAUGUCAGAAAGAGGAAUUGUAUCAUAUCAAAUAAGUGGAAAGAUAAUUGAACUGCUUUUUGCAUUUGAAAUUAACCUUUUCC